CACCCGCGCACCCGCGCACCCUGCGGCCGCAGGAGGGCCCAGCGCCGCCGCCCGCGAGCUCCCAGGGCCCGGCCCGCUCCGGCGCCCGCGCUCUCGGGGCGGACUCCUGGCCCUCCGGGAUCUCCCGCCCGGCGAUGGCCCCGCUCGGAUAUUUCAUAUUCCUCUACGGCCUGAAGCAAGCGCUGGGCAACUACCCGAUCUGGUGGUCCCUGGCUGUCGGACCCCAGUACUCAUCCUUGGGGACACAACCUAUCCUCUGCGCCAGCAUCCCAGGCCUGGUACCCAAGCAGCUGCGUUUCUGCCGGAACUACGUGGAGAUCAUGCCCAGCGUGGCAGAGGGCAUCAAGAUCAGCAUCCAAGAGUGCCAACACCAGUUCCGUGGCCGCCGGUGGAACUGCACCACUGUCAACAAUAGCCUGGCCAUCUUUGGCCCCGUGCUAGAUAAAGCCACCCGGGAGUCCGCCUUCGUGCACGCCAUCGCCUCCGCCGGUGUAGCCUUCGCUGUGACGCGCUCGUGCGCCGAGGGCUCCGCUGCCAUCUGCGGCUGCAGCAGCCGCCACCAGGGCUCGCCCGGCGAGGGCUGGAAGUGGGGCGGCUGCAGCGAGGACAUCGAGUUCGGCGGGAUGGUGUCCCGGGAGUUCGCAGACGCGCGGGAGAACCGACCGGACGCGCGCUCGGCCAUGAACCGCCACAACAAUGAGGCGGGGCGCCAGGCUAUCGCCAGCCACAUGCACCUCAAGUGCAAGUGCCACGGGCUCUCGGGCAGCUGUGAAGUGAAGACCUGCUGGUGGUCGCAGCCCGACUUCCGUGCCAUUGGUGACUUCCUCAAGGACAAGUACGACAGCGCCUCAGAGAUGGUCGUGGAGAAGCACCGCGAGUCGCGCGGCUGGGUGGAGACCUUGCGGCCACGCUACACCUACUUCAAGGUGCCCACAGAGCGCGACCUGGUCUACUACGAGGCCUCGCCCAACUUCUGUGAGCCCAACCCCGAGACGGGAUCCUUCGGCACCCGCGACCGCACCUGCAACGUGAGCUCGCACGGCAUAGACGGUUGCGACCUGCUGUGCUGCGGCCGCGGCCACAACGCGCGCACAGAGCGGCGCAGGGAGAAGUGCCACUGCGUCUUCCACUGGUGCUGCUACGUGAGCUGCCAGGAGUGCGCGCGCGUCUACGACGUGCACACCUGCAAGUAGCCGGUGGGGGCGGGGCUCCUCCGUAGAUGGGGCGGGGCUCUGGGGUGGAGUUCCUGGGGGGGCGGGGUCCUCUAUGGCAGGGCAGGAGUGAGGCUCCUGAGUGAGACAGAGUCCUUCCCGACAGGUGCAGGGCCUUCGCUGGGAUGAAACGCUAGGGAUGGGGCUCCUGGAGGGUGGCAGGGUCCUCUCUGGGGGCGGGGCUCCAGGGAUGGAGAUUUCGCCUGCCAUUACCGUCCUCCUUCGAAGACUACAUGGUUCCAUCCGCGGGACCUCCUCUGUGUAGAGCAGUAACUCCUGGCAGAAGGAGCUGUGGAGAACCUACGGGGGGCAUCUUGCCUUCCUACACCUCCCACUAAGGUCUGAGGCCCAUCCUCCAACGAUGCGGGUGCCUGGAGGCCUGUGGCACUCCUCCCUCCGUCUGAUACCUGCCAACGCUCUCAACUAGGAGCCCUAUCAAGGAGAGCCUUUGCCGUGCAGAACCACAAGAACCUCCUGGGCUUGGGUGAAGGAGAUAGGGCCUGGCCACAGUAGGGGCUUGGAACACGAGGCCUGGCUCUGUCCUGGUUGCCCAGUGCUCGGCAUCAGACACCCAAGCCCUCUUCCCAGGGGCUGUUCUACUGUCACCCAGGCCCCAUAAAGGCGCCACUCAGGCUGAUCGGCUGUGCCCUCUACUUUGCUGACAGAAGUCCUACGCCUGGCUCUCCCUCCUCCCUGCCUUCAUGUUCCCACUUGCACCCCAUCCUAUCCACAGAAGAGGAGCAAAGCCUGUUGCAGUCUUGCUGUCGCCUCCCUCUUGGCCCCAGCACCUCUCCACCUCCCCCAUUCGCAGCUCCUUGUAAGGGAAAGGCGAGAAGCGGGCCUAGACUCCAAGGCUGCCCAGAACCACAGGCCGGCACUGCUGUCUAGGUCCUACUCAGCUCCAUACCCUGCCUUGGAGGCUCACUUUGGGUUGGGUUGUUUGGGAGAAUUGGAGCUGGGGCACGAUCCCACGUUGGUGCUACAGACAGAGGACCCAAAGACCCCAGAGGAGUGGUCUCCACCCCAGCCCCUAGUAGCCAGGAUGGACCCCCAGGUCCUGCUGCUAUGGCUACAGUGCACCAGACCUACCUGCCACUGGCCAUUGUCGUGGAGCCUCUGAAUGGCCAGUUGGCUUGUCCCUCCUUGCGUCUGACUCAUCCAUCCUGUGUGGGAAUGAGCGAGGCCGAUGGACCCCUCAACCAAUGCCCACAGGGACUUUCUGCCAGGUGCUGCCAUGCCAAGACCGCUUCUCCUCAGCCUCUGCCACUGUGAAAUGUUGCCCAGCCCUCUGUCCCUGAGGGCCUACCCUCUAGGCAGGGGGACAGAGACAGUGGCGAGGGGGGGACAACCUGCACGCCCCUCUAGGGAUACGACCUUCUUCUGCCUUGAAUUUUGCAUUUUGGGUUUUAAUUUUUAUUUCUGAUGCUGCUAUAUCCACCAUACACAGGAGCUAGACAAACAGAUGUGUUGUUGUUGUUUUCCUUUUCUUUCUAUGAAAGAAAUGAUUUUAGUCAUAGCUUGUGAGUUUCAAACAAUGGGGAAAGUAAAAAACAAACAAACAAAAAAAAGAGAGAAAAGAAAAGAAACAAAAAAACAAGCCUGUGGAUUGUGCUGGAUUUUUGGUGGUGGGGUCAGCAAGGCAUGGGGCCUGGAUUGGUCGUGACCCUCUGGGAGGGGCCGCGAUAGGAGAGUGUGGUGGGCAUGCUUAGCUCGGAGACUCCUGGGGCCUCUGCAAUGGCCUCCAGAACCAGAAUUCCAGGGGAGGAAAGAAGACUGGUCACUUCAAAGAAAGGAGGAAACAACCCGUGGUCUGGAAGUCUGGGACGGGGUAGACUGGAGACCUGGGGAGAAGACCCCAAAUGGAUGGACGUACAGAGAAAGGGGGAAGGAGGCCUGCCUGCUGCAGGGGAAUGUGCAGCAGGUAGGGCACCGUGGCAGCCCCCGUUGGGGAGACCCCACCCUGAGUCAGUGGUGCAGCAGGACAUCCACCAAGCCAGCUGAAAGCCACUUCCCCAGACAUCCACAACACGCUUCACUCAGUUGACGUUUGAGCACCAACUAUGUGGCCGUGCUCCCAGGGACUGGGGACAUGGCCCCUGUCUGGGGUCACCUUCUCAGCCCGCCAUGGGGCAUUCUAGGAGCCCAGUCUGGUUGGGAGGCAAAACAUGUUCCCUCAAUCUGAGGCUCACAACCCUGAAGCCUAGAAAUCAGGCAGGCACUUCUCUCUGGGCCUGGCCUCCUUCUAUCUGCUGCAAAGGCCACUUUAGAAGUAGAGCUCAUGCAGCUAAAUUCCAGUUGGGAAGUCACAAGGGACAUCCCUCGCUGGCAGAGAGCUGCUACAUGAAGUCAAGAACUCCCAGGGGCUCCCUCCUGCCUCUGUCCAUCCUCAGGCCAGAGGCCAGAGCUGACCCUGGACCUCUGGCCUGCCCUCCACCAUAAGGCAUAGCUCAGGUGUGCAAGACUUGGCCGGGGGUCUGCAGUCUCUAAAUGUAUGUCAGCCAAAUCCUGCCAUCAUGCUCAGAACCUUGGCAUGGGGAUAUUUCCAAGGUAGACAGGGGGAGCCUCAAGGACAAGUGAGGCAUCCUGUUGGCAGAAGCCUCACGUUGUCCCUCCAUGGCUAUAGCCUACAUCCACCCUCAAUCCAGGGUAUUCGGGGUAUGUAGGGCUGGGUGGGCCUCUGAAAACGGAGGCUGCAGGAACCAGGGGGUAAAAGGGUGGCUUUCUCAAGGCCACACCUUCACCUCUCCAAGCCAGCAGCAGGGUCCUUGCUUCUCUCUCUGUCUUUCCAUGCCCCCUCCUCCCCACUACUACCACCACCUCUGAGCCCUGCCCUGAUAUCCAGCCAGACCCACCAGGGGCCGGAAAGUUGAGGAGGCAGGAGUGGAGGAAUAGGCUGGGACAGGUGGAGGCUGGGGGCGAGACAACGCUGGAGCUGAGGGGAGGAGGCCUAGCCCUCUCCCUCUCAAAGGUCAGGCCUAGCACAGCCACCCUGUGUGAGCCAUAUGCUGGAAGCGGGGUGGGGGGCUGGGGGCAGACAGGUGCCUCAUAAUUGUGAGGUCCAUAGUGGCUGAGAGCAGAGGGAGGGAAGCCCAAUUCAGCUGGCUCCGUGGCUAGACAUCAGGACCACAUGGUAUCCUUGAGGGCCAAGGCCACCCUCUACUGACAGAGGGCCAUGGCUGCCUGGGCAGCGGUCCUGGACAGGGCUGUGCAGACUCAGCAGGGACAAGAACAUCCACGCCACACGGAGCCCUGCACUGGGAGAGAGCUGUGGUAGGGUAUGGGGAGCUGUCUGGUGGAUGAAGUGGGAGCACAUCAAGGGAGGGAGGGAGAAGGGUGGAAACAUGGUGAUGGGAGGUCUUGGCUUCAGCCCUCAAGACAGGACCCAGGGGACACCACCCCCUCCACCCUACCGGCCACACUGGUCUUUGCUGGAGGCUCCAAGCCACUGACAACAGAGCCAGAAGAGGCCCAGCGAGGCUAAGGGACUAGAGAAAGACACAGGGCUCUGAACUCCCAAAGCCCCUGCUCACACUCCAAAUGGUGCAUCAGCUUCCUGGUGUGGCACACUGACGUCCCACCCCAAACCCAUGGCCUUAUCGCUCGCAGCUCACUGUUCCCCACCAGCAGGUCCAUUUCAGGCCAGGUCACCCACUGUUCCAGGGUUGUAGCUGACCACCGAGGAUUCCCAGCUGGGUCCCCAAGGGGUCGGCUGGGGCCAGAUGGGCUGCAGGCAGACACUCUACAAAGAGGGAGACAGUGAUUCAGCGCACAGGGCAGUGUCCGAGACUGGAGUGCAAGUGGCCAAUCUCACCCACGGGUGUGAGUCACGGGCAUGGAGGACCCCAAGCCCACACAGCCACGAGGCAAUAGAGCCAGAUCAGACAAUGCCACACAGGGGUCAGGCCCUGGAGGUAGGAUGUGACAGAUGCCCCACUCAAGCCGCCUAUGGGCCACAUCCACAGUGCACAGACAGUACAAAUGGUGCAGCACCUCUAAGUUAAGGUCUGGGCAGGAGUUGCCCUAAUUGGCACCUGCUGGGAACCAGGUGCCAGGGGCUCCACAGAUGAAAGGGUAAGAGAGACAGGCUGGGCAGGGGGUGGAGGCAUAGCCACAAGGUCAUGAAGGUGAGAUGCCAAGAGAGGAAGCAGGAACAGAGCUGGGCCUCCUAAGGGAGCAGAGCCCAGAUACCCAGAAACUAGAUGGGAGCUACCCUGGGAGUUGAUGCAGAGGUACGUUCCGCCUACCUGGUCUCAGCUCUCCAACAGGUGAGGCCCCAGGCUCCCACUCACCAUCGCCGUGGCUCCGGGGCAGAGAGAGGCAGAACCCCACCAGGAGAGGCCCAUAGGUGCAUAGGACGGGCCCCAGUAAAUGGGCAAGGGGAGGUAGCAAGAGCCUGUGUGGAUGAGGAGGCAAAACCCUCAACUCUCUGCCAGCUGGGAGCAAGCCUCACCCAGGGCCUCAGUUUCCCUCCAGGUCAAGAGGAAGUGGGAUGAGGGGGCUCCCCAGGGCCUCUCUGCCCCUGCCUUUUGCUGAUGUGAGAUAUUCCAUCCACAGCCCCCUCUGGAGCCCAGCUGGCCCCCCUCACCUGCCAAUAUUAGCGCGUCCCCAUGAACCCUGGCCCAGCCCCUCAGCCCACCACCCUCUACUCCCAACUCAGAGGGAGGGCAGAACACAGGGCAGCCCGUCUGGGCCUCAGAAGCCACCUCUCCAGGGAGUUUACAGCCCCUCCCGCCAGCCCUGAAGAAGGAGGAAAUGGGCCUGGUGGGCCUGUUCACAGGUAGUUGAGACAGGAGAGGAAUAACCAUAUUAAAGGCCCGGAGGUAGUAGGGCCUCACCCCACCAGGGCCCCCCUUGGCCCAGCCCCCUGCAAAUCUCACACCCCCAGGGCAGCAGCUUUGAAGUCCUGGAGGGGGUGUGGCCAUCCCCCUCCUCCUGGGACCCCCACAGGUCCUCCCCUUCCCCCUCCUCCCCAUACUCCCACUUUCUGGGUCCUAAGGCCUCAGUUUCCACACUUCAGGGAUGUUCUGAACCACCCCAUCCCCCCACCCCUAUGCUGGGACAGAACUUCCAGGGCUGGGACUCCCAGAGCAACAGGCAGGGCCAGCUCUGGAUUCCCAAGCCUGGUACAGGGGGCCGAGGACCCCCAGCCAGGUUCCCUUGUCCCGCACAGUGAUGGUCCCCACCUCCUCAGCACAGCCUGUGCUGGAUGGGCUUCAAGGUCCUGCUGGCCAGGCCUUUGCCCCUGUCCUGAGGGUCUGGUCCAGGAGACAUGGCACAGCCCAUCCUGAGGUCUGGCCUGAUUUGGGGGGGGGGGGGGGUGUGGCCCCAUUCCCUCAGCUUUCGCCUUCAAGGGCCUACCCCUCCUUCAGACCCCUGUCCCUCCCCAAGCUGCUUGGCCCUCUCGCCUGCAACUCAUCUCCCUGUUUAGAACCCUGUGUCCCUUCAUGAAGCCAUCUGGUUGGGACACCCAAGAACAAGGCAUCCUGGCAGUCAGCAGCUUCCUCUCCAACAGGCCCCUGGCCUCCUGGCCUGAGCAGGAACAGGGCACCUUACCCACCCACACUGCCCUCCAGCUUCAAGUUCAGCUUCGGUCUAGAACGUGGACAACCUCCCAGGGUGAUGUCCAAGGCUUAGAGGAAAGGGACCGCCAUCCCACCUGGGUGGGAGUGCCACCAGCCCUUCUGUUCAUAGACACUGACAGGUAAACCGAGACCUACCGAAUGAGGCCUCUCGCCCCAGUGUGAGUUCAUGAAGGCAAAACUGCCCCAUUUUCUCCCUCCUUAUCCCACCAUAAAGUAGGGGGAUGGGGAGCAGCUGAUGAAGGGCGCUCCCACCUGCCACACCCUUCACUCCCUCCCCCCCCAGGUGACCUUGGCCCCAGAGAUUUGGGCAAUGGCCCCUUUGAUAAUUUGUGGGUCAUCUGGGUUGGCUCUCAAAAGGAGGUGAGCAUGCGGUACAGUUUCUAUGGCUCUGACAUCCUCAGUCUGGGCCCCUUAGGCAUUCUAUACUUCUGAGAGGUCUAUCCUUACAGAUACCAGGACCCAGCACGGUGCCCAGGGCACUGGGGAAGCCCUGGGGAGGGCCCCAGCCUGGGAGCUGCCGCUGCUGGCCUGGCAGCUGGGACAGGAGCUAGUCAGAAGGUGCUAAUUGAUGUUUAGAUCCAGGCUGGCUCCUCAAUCAUGUCUUUCUCUCUCUCUCUCUUUUUUUUAUUUGAGUCUCUGGAGCACACAGUAAACAGUCAUUUGGCUCUCAGGGCCCUGCAAAUUGGUGUUUAUGGUAUAAGGACCAGGACUCGUCCACCCAAACACGGCAGGCUGGGAGGGAGGUGCUGGGCCGGUAGGGAUGGCACGCCCUCCCGCCCAUGGAGGCCCGGCUUUGGGAGGGCCUUUCCUCCACUCUAAAGGAGGAGGCAGGCCUGCUCCCAGCAACCCCUGAGGCCUGCAGCCCAGCCUGAGACAAGGAGCCAGCCAGUUCACCCACCAGCAAUGGGCCGGCACUGGCCAGAAUCCUGCCAGCUGGGCACUUGUGUGGUUGGAGAUGGCCAAUACUUGAGGCAUUGCCUUUAAUCAAGGAGGGCUUCUAGGAGGAGGUGAGUUUCUGGGACAGAGAGGAACCCCAAAAGGGAGAUCUGAAGAUUCACCAGUGCCCUCAGAUUCCCCAGGGUUCUGUGUCCAAUCACAGCUCCUGUCUGAGCUCCUCCCAGGCUUCCAUCUCCUUCAAUUUUCUCCAAGUUCCUAUGGCAGAUGUCAGGACCCUCUACACACAUACCCUCUCCCAACCCCAGAGGCCAUCUGCAGAACUAAAGACAGGAAUGCCGGUGAGGCCCGGGCCUUGAUGCGAGAGGUUGCAUGGUGGAAUUCCAAGACAGCAAUGGGGAGGUCUUGGGAGAGAAGGGGGACUUCCCAACCUGUCUGCCCCUUGCCUGACAACCGGACUGCGGAGAGGCAGGCAGGCCUGUAUAGAACCUCCAGCAGGGCUCAACGGUCUUCCCAGGCUCCUUAGCUCCCUCUGCUGCCUACAGGUUACAGGGGUUCACUCCACCUCACCCUGGCUUGUCCAGCCUGUCAGCCUGCAACCUACAGAGACGCAAAGCCAGGGGCCCUGGGGAAGGCUGUUUGAUGUUUCGAUUUUGGAAGGAGCCCCAGAGAGCACAUGUGCUUCUUCCCUGAGUGUGCUUUUAGUUCCCAGGUCUGGGCCAGAGAACAGGAACCUUGGGAACAGAGGACAUGGGUUACACAUCCCCAAGCCAGCCGCCUCCUCUGUUCAAGAAGGAGGCUUCCCAGUGCUCAUAAGUUGGAGUUGGAGUGCCUCAGCCUGCACCCCUCACAAACUGGUGCCACCCCGAGCUAAAGGGGGAUCUCUAAGCCAUGGCUGGAGAAACUAACCUGGGCAAGACAUGGGGUACUCAGCACAUUAGUCAGGGCGGAGACUUAAGGAAAACUGAGACCGCACACCAUACCUUCUGGUCCUACCUGCAGUUCACUCUCACUGUCCUUCACCCUUGCCUCCAUCCCUCCAGUCUCAGGCAUCCCCUGGUCCCUGCUGCAGCCUUCUCACCACCUCACUGCUAUAACCUUUGUAAUUCCUGUAUCACUGUCCCCUGGGGACACUGGAAGGUCAGUGCCAGCUGCACUUCAAGGGCCCAUGCAAAGCAGAGGAGAAGCUGUGUAUGUGUUGCAUGUUGGGAGUGGGGGGCUCUGGUGCCAAGUUGGCCCAUCCCCAGGGCUUCAGGCCUCUGCAGGGGCCCUGACCAGCUCCUAGGGCUCAGCUAUCUCCCCAGCUGUGGACCCACUUCCCAACAGAUCCACCCUCCCCAGCUCUAGUCCCUAGGCAGGCCAGUCUGAGUAAGCCAAAUUAUCAGAAUGCAGGAAGGGAAUGCCCCUUGUCUAGGAGGAGAUUUGGGGAGUGGUUGGGACACCUGCAGUGGGCUACCCCUAUAAUACGUGACUCAGUAUCAGCUGUCCCUGCAGUGAUGCCAGGGGCUCCCCGUGUGCAUGCCCACCAUAGAGCCUCAUCCCAGCUCCUACAUCAGUGCCCUCAGGAGGUGGCCGUGAGGAAGGGUGUCCCAGGUCUCAGGAUGACAGCCCAGCAGCUGCUCACAUUGCAAACAGGGAAACUGAGGCUGGGAAAGAGGCAGGCCUUGUCCCAGCCUCUCAGAGCCAACAGCACAUUGAGGACAAGCGGGAUCCAUACCUGGGUCACCCCUGCCCUGGGAGCCCACCGGGAAGGGACCACAUCCAGCACGGGCAGCUCCAGCUGCGCAAGUGUCCAGGAAGAACAGGUGCUGCCCGGGACAGGAUCAGGGUCAGUCUGAGAUCAGAAGUCAGCCUGGCGCUUCAGAGCUGGGUCUGGCGCUGCCCCUUGCCUGUCUCCAGAGGGCUGGUCUUUGUAGAUGUCCUCCACGGUAAGGGGGAUGGGUGGCCUCGCCCAGGCUCCUGGACACCCCUGCGAGUGCAGCAUUAGCCCCCUGGUCCCCAACCCAUGCCUAGGAGCCUCAGGUCUGAGUCUCCCACCCAUUGGACCAUCGGGGAGCUGCCCUGGCACUUCCCAGGAGGCCACAGCCCUGCCAGCACUUGUUUGACAAUACUGCUGCAGGGGUGGGGGUGGGGGGUGGAGAUUGGAGACUUCUAGCCUCUCAGAUGGGGAAGAUGGACACCCCAGCCCACAGCUGAUGUGAGGAAGCUGGUGGGGCUCCGACCCAGCACCCACCCACUCAGACUAGGAGGAUAGUGUGUCCUCCUGCAGGGAGCUCAGCUCAGUUCGCCCCAGGGUAGCUGAGGAUAACAGGUACGGUGGGGACUCAGGGAGGGGAGUGUUGCUGCAGGUGGGAACACUGCAGGUGAGAAGGACACCGCAAGUGACAACGAUGCAGAUGGGAAGGAGAGGGCACAGGUGGGGAGGAUACAAGUGGGGUCACUGCCGGUGUGGGUGCUGCAGGUGGGGACAGUACAAGAGAGCAUACUACAGGUGGAGCUGCACACAGCACAGGUGCGGUGCCUCAGGCUAGGGCACACUCAGGUGGUUCAAACCCGCUCUCUUCCUCUCCCUGUCGCACGGCCUGCCCUAUGGUGGACAAAAAGAGUGGAGUUUUGCUCCUGACCCCAGGUUUAGCCCUUCCUCUGGGCUGACUCUCAACUGUGAGCUGAGCCAGGCCAGACCCACAGGGUCCAGCUCCUGUAUCCCAGCCCAAGGCCGACAUGAGAAGUGGGACAGGCCACCAUCCGUUCUGAUAUGCUUCCACAGCCAGCAGGUUCAGGAGCAGGUGCGACCACGUCCUGUUUCCCCUCCCAUGGGGCCUGGGGUCCCCGAGCAGGCCCAUGGGUUGAGGGACAUGAGGACACAUCUGGACCCUGGAAUAGGACCAGAGGCCUCGCCGGGGCUCGAACCCAGCCUGGCCUGACUUGCUGGGAGGCAGCAGCACCAGCCCAGCUAACACCCCACCUGGACAAGCCCCCGGCACGGCCAGAAGUCUUGAUCUCCGGGUCCACUCCAGUGUCAGGCACUUGUCAUUGGAUCCAGGGUCAUCUCAUCUCAAGAUUCUCAACUAAUUACAACUGCAAAGACACCAUUUCCAGACAAGAUCCCAUUCUGAGGUUCUAGACGGAUGUGACUUUUGGGGGACACAAUUCUAACUCCCUGCAAAGCCUGUGGGGUAAACCGAGGCACUGCCGCUAUCUGGCUGCACCUCUGGAAGACUUCAUGCCAGUACAUGUCGCCAAGAUGCCCUUAGGUCCUAACCCCCAAGAAGAU